GUUUGAGCUCUACGUAUGCGGUCCUAAAUUGGCUUCUGGGAGUGUUUUCAGUUUUGUCUUUUUGUUAUUUACAACAGAGGGUUAAACCGAUCAGUCGACACAGAGGGAGUUUAUUUCCCCGCUCUGUACGGGGGUGUGACAGCUUCUCAACAACAGCUGGACCGUCACAACAACAACAACAACAAAUACAACACUACUUCCGGUUUCAGACUCCAGCAUCAUUUAAGGGAUUCGCUUCAUCAGCAGUUUUAGGAUGAAUGACGGGGAGGUGUUUCACGAGAAGCAGCGCUUGGAGCUGUGCGCCAUACAUGCGCUCAACAACGUGCUCCAGGAGCGGGUGUUCACCAAGGAGACAGCCGACGACAUCUGUAAACGGUUGGCUCCGCAGUGCGUGGUAAACCCCCACCGGUCAGUAUUGGGCACAGGAAACUACGACGUUAACGUGAUCAUGGCAGCAUUACAGAGCAGAGACCUGGCUGCAGUGUGGUGGGACAAACGCAGGACGGUCCAGAGUCUCUGCGUGCCAAAAGUCCAGGGUUUUAUCCUCAACGUUCCCUCCCGGGUCUCUUUGGGCAUCGUGUCCCUCCCGCUCCGGCGGCGGCACUGGCUUGCGGUCCGCCAAGUGAACGGGCAGUACUACAACCUGGACUCCAAACUGAAGAGUCCCUCGUGCAUCGGGGGAGAAGCAGAGCUACGCACAUUUCUCAGCGAGCAGCUUUCUCAGGACGUGGCAGAGAUGCUCCUGGUGGUGCGACGGGAGGUGGAGGAGGACGGCUCGUGGUUAAACCCCGACAGCCCGAACAAGUGAUCCGCUUCGUGUUGGAAAAAACAAAACUCCUCGGGGAAAAUUACAGACUGUCUUUUUUUAUUUUAUUUUUUUUCUCCAAACACUUCAUUAGAAACAUGUCUUCAGGGAAUGCAGUAAAAUACACUUGACAGCCACAUGGACACAUACAAGAAAACCCAAAGAGAAGCAGAAGGUGAAGUUUACUCCUGAAAUGAAGACGUUUCUGAUUGUAAAAGCUGCUAAAGCUUUCACUCUGGUAUGACCCGGGCUUUUCUCUCGGUACUUUGGUCCUGAAAACAAGGAAGGAGCUGAAGUGGUGCGAGUUUGAGACAAAUGGGAACACAUUCGAUGACACUUACUGAGAACUGACUGAACCGAUGGCGGUUUUGCUUGCAGGUUGUGUUUAAUGAUUGAACAGUUGUGUUAAUGGUAGCUUAAUCACUGAAACAUGAAGAUAAACCUGUGCUGAGGGGGUUUUCUCUGACAUCGUCUCAGAUUCGGGUUGUUUUUGGCCAUGUCGGGCUCGACCAGCUGUCUUUUUUUUUUUUUUUUUUUUUUUUUUCCCUCUUUCCCGUUAACCGCCUAUGCACUGCAGAGUGAGAUUUGUGAGGUGUAAAUGUGUUUGACUGUGCUCAUACAGGCACUUAUAGCAGGAUGGCUGAACUAUGAAGCAGGAUCUGUGGCUUUAAAUCAGAAAAGUGAAUGACUCUGCAAUCUGUGAGUUCACAACGUCAUGGAUCAUGUCUCCUCUGCUAACCUAAGCUGCAGGCAUCCCGGGGUGAGUUAAUUUUGGAUGAAAUCACCACAGAUAAUUGGGAAUGGCCUAUUGAUUUCAGUGGAAAACGAAGGGGGGAAAAAAAGCAACACUUUCUACUAAAUGAAAGAUUGUUGUUGUUUUUUUCUCCUGCCUCCGGCUCUCCCUGACAAACAUACUUACGAAAAUAUCUAGAUUAUUAUCAGGAAGAACAGCUGACUAAAGCAUUAAAUUAGUUCUUGGUGAUGUUGUUUGAUGUGGGAUCAGGAAGUUAAACAGUUUUUAUGGAAAUGAUUACAUUUUGGAAUGUUUUUAUUGAAGUUUUUCUUUGUAGUUUUAGGUCUCCUUUGCUAUACUCUUGGACAGAAAAAGCAAUCUGUUCAUUAAUUUUUAAUGGAUGAUUUUCGAUCAUCGUAAAGGGUCAAGAAUAUACCUACAUGCUGAAACAGAUACUUAUACUCCACUAUUAGGAUACAUGUCCCUUAGCAGGUUGCACAGAAAUCCCUCAUAUUUAGUAGCUUCAAUGAAAUUUUAGGAACCAUUUGGGUUCGAUAUUUGACCAUUGCUUUAGACAGAAUUGAUAAAGUUCAUUGAAAAAAAAUCUAAAUUUUUUGACACAGACCUGCCUUUUAAACGCAGACUAUGAAUUUUGAAUAGGACUAAAACCAGGAACUAAAUCUUAACGUUCCAAAAACUAGUUUGAUAUGGUUUCGAUUAGUGUCACCUUAGAGAACACUCAAAUUUCUGCCGUCCAGCUAAAGCUUUUAGAGGUAGUCCUGUUGUAUUUUACCUGAACAUUGGUUGUUUUUAUCUCCAGAAGGCCUUUGGUGUGUCUAUGUUGGCAGAUGCAAAUUUGAUUGAAGCUUGAAGGUGUGAAAUUUGCAGCAGGUCCUUCUUUUCUUGGGCUUCAUCCUUCACUGGGGUUACAGGUUCCUUGAGCUUCGCUGGUUCCCGGGUUAUUCCUGGACAUCUGAACUCAUUUCCUUACAUCGAAAUGAGUCAGAAGGUUGAAACCUGUACAAUGAUCCAAAACAUGCAUCAAAACAGUUUUUUAAGCCUAACAAAAUGCUUUCCCACAAAGCUCUGACUUUAAGCUAAAAGUUGCAUCUAAUGCAGCAAAAAAAAAAAAAAAAAAAAUCAAAAUUUACGCUAUGAACUCUGCCCCCCCAAAAAAACUGUUCAAAUAUCCAAGCAAACCUAUGACAGAACGUUUUUGAUGGCAACAAAAAAAAAAAAGGAACCUGUGUUAUACGUGCAAAUUACAAGGAGACAUUUAUCCAAAUGUUUGUGGAGUUUUAUGUUUAUUUUGAGCCGGUAGAAAUAAUUUUGACCCCUCAUAGGUUAGAGAAAUGCAACAGAAAAAAAAAAAAAAAAA